AUGUCCAACGACACCCUCCUCGGCCUGGGCUUCAGCCGCAACCCGGACGGCUCCGUUACCCGUACCAUCGACAUGCCCAAAACCCCCCCGCAAUCCGACACCAACUCCCCUGCCCCGGUCCUGACCAAGGACGUCCCACUCAACCCAUCCACCAACACCUCCCUCCGCCUCUUCCUCCCCCGAACAACCCUCGACCCCGCCACCACGGGGCCCACGUUGCUCCCGCUCAUCAUCUACGCCCACGGAGGCGGCUUCAUCAUCCUCAGCGCCGCCUCAGCCGUCUGCCACCUCUUCUGCUCCACGCUCGCCCUGUCCACCCCGGCCGUUGUUGCCUCGGUCGAGUACCGCCUUGCGCCAGAGCACCGCCUCCCGGCCGCCUACGACGACUGCAUGCAGGCCCUCUCGUGGGCCAAGACCACCACCGAUGAGUGGAUCGUCAACUACGCCGACCGGUCCAGCUGCUACCUCAUGGGCACGGACGCGGGCGCGAACAUCGCCCUCCACGUCGGCCUGCGCGCGGCGGCCGAGUGUGGGGACGAUCUCAAGCCGCUCGAGAUCAAAGGGUUGAUCCUACACCAGCCCUUCUUCGGGGGCAUGGAGAGGACGCCGUCAGAGAUGAUGCUGGCCGAUAACACGAUUCUUCCGAUUGUGGCUGCGGAUUUGAUGUGGGAGUUGUCGCUACCGGCCGGUGCUGACAGAGACCACGAGUACUGUAAUCCGAUGAAGGGAAAGGUGGCGCAGAGCUUGGGAUUGAUUAAGGAGAGAGGGUGGAAUGUGACGACGACGAGCUGCGGUGGAGAUCCGUUGAUUGACCGGCAGAAGGAAUUCGAGAAGGCGAUGGAGGGAAAGGGUGUGACGCUAGUGUCAAAAUAUGCCGGCGGGGAAUGUCAUGGCUACGAUCUUCUCGAACCUUCUAAAGCUGAAUUGCUCAUGUGUGCACUAAAGGACACUGUCCAUGUUUCAAGGUAG